AUUCAAUUUCCCCAGUCAAAUACCCACAGUUGUCACACAAUUUUUAUUUAUUUUAUUUUGGUAUUUAAUAUGCUGGCAGCAUUUUCGCGCUCUUCUUCUUUUUUAUUGAAACGCUCAUACACAAUGACUGCAACUAUCAUCGAUGGAAAGGCUAUUGCCCAAUCUGUUCGUAAUGAAGUCAAGGACAAGAUUCUCGCCAUUAAGCAAAAAUAUCCUCAUUUCGACCCUCACUUGGCCAUGAUUCAAGUUGGUGGCCGAGAAGAUUCUUCUAUUUAUGUCAAAAUGAAAGAUAAGGCUGCCAAAGAGACUGGAAUUUCGAUCACAAUGGAAAAGUUGCCCGAGAGUAUCUCCGAAGCUGAUCUUUUAAGAAGAGUACAGGAACUCAAUAGCAAUUAUAAGAUCCACGGUAUUCUUGUUCAAAUGCCUUUACCUUCUCAUAUCAGUGAAGCUGCUGUCAUCGAAGCUAUCGAUUACCAAAAGGAUGUUGACGGUUUUCACGCUGUCAACAUUGGCAAUAUGGCCAAGAAGGGCGCCGACCCUCUUUUCACACCAUGUACUCCCAAGGGUAUCAUUCAUUUAUUAAAGUCAACUGGUGUUGAUAUCGCUGGUAAGCAAGCCGCUGUUGUUGGUCGUAGUGAUAUUGUUGGUGCACCCGUUGCUACUUUGUUGACUGCAGAAAAUGCUACUGUCACUCUUUGUCAUUCGAGAACCGCUGAUAUUGAAAGUAUUGUCAAGCAAGCCGAUAUUGUUAUUGCUGCUGCUGGAAAGACAGAACUUAUCAAGGGUGAUUGGAUUAAGCCUGGAGCUGUUAUCAUUGAUGUCGGAACCAAUGCUGUUGAAGACUCAACCAAGAAAUCAGGUAUCCGUUGGGUUGGUGAUGUUGAAUACGCAAAGGCAAAGGAGGUUGCUUCAUUCAUCACACCUGUUCCUGGAGGAGUUGGACCUAUGACUGUAGCCAUGUUGAUGAAAAAUACUGCUAUCAGUGCUGAACGUUGGUUAGAAUUGAGUCGCAAGCGUGAUAUUUCUCCCUUGAAGCUUGAGUUAAAGACUCCCGUUCCUUCUGAUAUCGAAAUCGCCAAGUCUCAAAAGCCCAAACAUAUCGAUGAGCUCUGUAAAGAAAUUGGUUUGAAUGCCGCUGAAUACGAGCUUUAUGGUACCGCCAAAGCCAAGAUUAACUUGGAUGUAUUAAAGAGACUCGAAGGCCGUAAGGAUGGUAAAUACAUUGUUGUUACUGGUAUCACUCCUACUCCUCUUGGCGAAGGUAAAUCAACCACAACUAUUGGUCUUGUCCAAGCCCUCGGUGCUCAUUUAAAUAAGUCUGCCUUUGCUUGUGUUCGUCAACCUUCUCAAGGUCCUACUUUUGGUAUCAAGGGUGGUGCUGCUGGUGGUGGAUACUCUCAAGUCAUCCCCAUGGAUGAAUUUAACCUUCAUAUGACAGGUGAUCUUCAUGCUGUUACUGCCGCUAACAAUUUAAUGGCCGCUGCCAUUGAUGCCCGUAUCUUCCAUGAAAACACACAAUCCAACAAGGGUCUCUUCAACCGUUUGUGUCCUGCCAAGAAGGGUGUCAGAACAUUUGCUCCCGUCAUGAUGAAGCGUCUUGAAAAGUUGGGUAUUAACAAGACCAAUCCCAAUGAUUUAACUGAGGAAGAAGUUGCUCGUUUUGUUCGUUUGGAUGUCGAUGUUGAUACGAUUACAUGGCAACGUGGUGUUGAUGUCAACGAUCGUUUCUUGCGUAAGAUCACCAUCGGACAAAGUCCUACAGAAAAGGGUAUGGAACGUCAAACUGGCUUUGAUAUUACCGUUGCUAGUGAAGUCAUGGCUGUUCUUGCUUUGGCUACCGAUCUCAAGGAUAUGCGUGUAAGAUUAGGUAAUAUGGUCGUUGCUUCUUCUAAGGCUGGUGAGCCCAUUACUGCCGAUGAUUUCGGUAUUGGUGGUGCUUUGACCGUGUUGAUGAAGGAUGCUAUUAAGCCCAAUUUGAUGCAAACCCUUGAAGGUACUCCUACCAUCGUUCAUGCCGGACCUUUUGCCAAUAUCGCACAUGGUAACUCCUCCAUCAUUGCUGAUAAGAUUGCUCUUAAAUUGGCCGGUUCUGAUGGCCCUGAUAUGGAACCUGGUUAUGUUAUUACCGAAGCUGGCUUUGGCGCUGAUAUGGGUAUGGAAAAGUUCUUUGAUAUUAAGUGUCGUAUCUCUGGUUUAGUUCCCGACGCUGUUGUCAUUGUUGCUACCGUUAGAGCCUUAAAGACUCACGGUAACGGUCCUGCCAUUGUUGCUGGUAGACCUUUACCCGAUGUUUACAACGAAGAGAACUUGGAUCUCUUGAGAGAAGGUUGUGGCAACUUGGCCAAGCAUAUUGAAAAUGCAAAGAAGUUUGGUGUCCCCGUUGUUGUUGCUGUCAACCGUUUCACCAAUGAUACCGAUGCGGAAAUGGAAGUUGUUCGUCAAUGUUCUUUGGCAGCUGGUGCAACUGAUGCCGUUGCUUGUGAUCAUUGGGCUCGUGGUGGUCUUGGUGCCAUCGAUCUUGGUAAGGCUGUUAUCCAUGCUUGUGAUCAAAGCAACGAUUUCAAAUACUUGUAUGAUCUUGAACUCCCCAUCGAGAAGAAGAUUGAGACCAUUUGCCGUGAAAUUUAUGGUGCUGAUGGUGUUGAAUUCAGUGACUUGGCCAAGCAAAAGAUCGAAACCUAUACCCGUCAAGGAUUCUCCCCACUUCCUAUUUGUAUGGCUAAGACUCAAUACAGUUUCAGUCAUGAUCCUGCUCUCAAGGGUGUUCCCAAGGGAUUCACUGUACCUAUUCGUGAUAUCCGUGCCUCUGUGGGCGCCGGUUUCCUUUACCCCUUAGUUGGUGAGAUGUCCACCAUGCCUGGUCUUCCCACUCGCCCCUGUUUCUUCGAUGUUGAUUUGGAUGACAAUGGUGAGGUCGUUGGUCUCUUUUAAACCAAAAGAAAAAAAAAUCAUAUAUAUCAUAAAUAAAAGUGAACAAUUAUUGUAUAAAUA